AGUGGAAACGUAUAUUCUGCGGAACAGACUGUGCGAGGAUACAACGAUGAUUAUUUAGAAAUGGUAAAAUUAAUACGGUGUACCAACAGAGCACAGCUGGCUUUCUGCCCUUUCCUCUUGUGUGCUCUUUUCAUCAAAUGCUUCUUCGAAAUUUAUGUUCAGCAAAAGCUAUAUGCCGGAUAUCGGCGCUGCACGAUACCACUUUAAAUGGUGCAAAAUAUUACAUAUGCGAACAGUUUUAAAAUCCUCGAAAGCAGCACAGACGUUAGUUGGCACAAACGUACAAAAAAAUGCGCAAAUUUUUGCCUCAACAUCUGCCUCAUCAGACAGAGUCAACGGAGUAUCUGUUACCUUCGAUAUUACCGCAGUUGGCUUGUAAUGUCACGUUGAAGCAGCAUAGACCCGGUGGCAAUUUCGGGAUGAAGAAAUAGAGGAAUUUCCGGCUAUUCCAGACUUCCAGUAUAUGUGUAACUGUGUAAGGACUUACUAUUGUCAGGCUCCGAUUGUUCUAUUUUUGUUUCGCACCUACAGGAUGUUUUUACUACAGGAAUUCAGGAAAAAGCGCGAGAGAAUCCAGAAACGGAAGAGAAAACAGAAUUCUGCCCUUCAAACGCGCUUGCUUUUUUGUUAUUACGAAGUUGAGUUAUUCGUAACUAAAUACCGGCUUCCGUUAAUCCCGCCUGGGGUGCAUCAUGGAUUCCGGAGUUAUUCUUGCUCUGCUGAUUCUACUUGUUUUGCCUUUUGCUUAUGGAACUCCAUAUUAUGCGCUAUACAAAAUUCCGUGUUGCGGAAGCCAAAUUAGAUUUAACUGUGCAGCCAUAUUGAGUGGAGAAGCCGGGACAAUAGAAUUCCGUCCUGUUAGCGAGGAUGACUGGCAAAUUAAUUUGGAUCUGGAAAAGGACUGUGCCGAGCCACCCCAUACAUUUGCCUUUUAUCUUAAUAUUCGACGGAUCAACCUACCGUCCACUUAUCGCUUAGCAAUGUACGAGUACGAAGUCGAAUCAGGAAGCCGUACACUCGUCAAAGAUCUGCAGUACUUCCAGCGCACACUCCACGAUCCGGCAUCCAUCUCCCAUCUUCUGACUAAAUACUCUCCGCAUCCAAGCAUUGCUAUCGAAUAUUCUCGAGGAAGUGCGGCUAACAAUCCAUCCAGCUUUGUUUCCAUCGAUUAUGUUAUCAUAUCAAACACAUCUUCAUCGGUCAAUACAUACUGCCAUGCUUUGUCCGGCUACGUGAACCAAGAAUACAUUUGUGAUAAAGAUGGAGAAAGGGAUCGGGUUAAUUGUCCCAGUGCGUACGUUCCCGACAUGGGACGCAAUCCGGCAUUCGGACGCCAGUGUUCCAGCACAUCAGAAGAUGAUGAUUCCGGUACUAAUGUUCUGGACGCUAAAACCAUCACGAUAAUUGCCAUUGGUUCCGUUUUUGUCGCGUUGGUCGUGAUUUUUAGCAUCCUGUCCAUGGUAGCUAGACGAAAUGAUUCAAACGCGCUGCCUGUACCGGCAGACGGCAUUUUUCUUAUUAGCACAGGCCAGCCACAUUAAUCGCGUUUUGUGUAAGAGUAAAUUAAACAUUAAUCUCAUUUUGUGUUUUCUUGCUCUCUGUGUUGACGUAUGUAUACAUGAUCUAUGUGGACUCCAAGGUUUCUUUUAAAAUUAACCGCUUCAUCCAUGGUCCGAACGAAGUAGGGAGAACCCGUUGCCCCGAGACACUUCAGUUAUAUUUUAAUCGAUAGAAACUGGUGAUCGGGAUUUACCAGUGUGCUGCUGUCGCCGCCUGCCGAUUUCUUCUACUACUAAAAUGGAUACCGAACUUCCCCCGGGCCUGAGUCGAUCAGUUAAAAAUGUAUCUGCCUCCAAGAUUGGCGUGCGUUCGGGUUUCCCUGUCUUCAGUCUGAGCAGCCGCGGAUCCCGCGGUAGCGAAAAUGAACUUCAGUGAGAAGGUGCGACAGUGUCCACUCAGACCGCGUCCUAUGCUAAGCACAUGCCGCGUUUCCAGGCAUGAGGAGUGUGUCCGUUCGGGCGACAAUCGGACGUACUGGAUACAUUGGGGAGGCUCAAGCUUCGCUGGGAUGCUCGCUGAAACCGUUGAUCCUGACAUCUUGCCGUGGUGACAAUGUCUCCCGGUGCAGAAUGAGCAAGGAACAGUCCGUGGUGGUCGUACACGUCAACUGGGUUCAGCACAGGACCAGGCUUCUCAAAUAACUGCCCCCAGCCUAAGAUCCACGGAUAUCGUCACAAUGUCAUCCUCCCAGAACGCCGACAGUGCGCGUUGAAGACAAGGUUGUCAACCAAAUGCCGGCUUCGGAUAUUGAAGGAGGUCUCCUGAUUUCAUCGUGGCGAAGAUUUCCCUGUGGGUGUAGCCUUGAUGUGAUCUGCCUGCUGCUGUGCUAAAAAACAUUUACAACGCUAAAAACAGCUUUGUGCAAAAGCUAUUGACUUGUAAAGUGAGAAUUAGAAAGGAGAAAGUAAUUCGUGGCGUGUUUGUUUAUCACGAUCCUGAUUCACAGUUAAUCUCCUAGUAAUUCUCACUGCACUGUUUUAUAAUUAAAUCAGUAUCUCACGCAUUCAGUGUUCACAAAACAGCAUCCGAAG